ACCAAGCCCUUAGUAUCGACAAGGUUCCAAGUCAAUAUUCAUAAUCUUUGAUCAUGGAGUCUCUGUCAUCAAUAAUGUACGAGGUAUCAGCCCUAGCGGCAACGAACAGUACAAUCCAUACCGACGUCUCACGGCUCCAGAGCGAGCAAGUCGAGGUGGGAGCUCAAUUUGAGGCAAAUGUCCAAGCUUUGAAUGGUCUCAUCCAAAGACUUCCAGAGCUUGGAACAAUGCUGUUAAGAGAAAGUCCAGAUAUACUUCCUACACAAGCUGAAAGCCUGCUCGAAAUUAAUCCCAUCACUACAGAGUCAAUAAUCUCAGAAACAGGCCUUGGAGAUAGCUGUGGGCUGCUCCAGGAAGUCAUCGCCAGCCUGCGAAAUGUGAACAUUGAGAUCGGAACUGCUGGUCAGGCUGCUAAGUCUAGACAACUCAGAGCCGCAGAUCUUGCUUCUCGAGCAGCACGCCAUGCUGAAAAGUGCACCACGUCAAAGAAUACUAUUCUCCAGGCUCAGGCGGCAAAUCAGGCUCGAAUUUCAGGGAACCUGCGAACCAUAGCGAAUCUAGAAACACAACUGGCAGAAGCAACCCGAAUGGCCAAUCAGAUGGCUGAGCGUGCGAGGGUACACGACGCUGAUGCAGACGGCCAUCAAAUUUUCUUCUGGACAACAUUCUGGAUACCGAUUGUCAAUCUCGUAACUAUUCCCGUCUCGCUGACCCAAUACGAUCGCCACCAGGAUGCUGCGCGGGAGUACCGCGCGAGCGAAGCGAGGUGUCGCCAAGAGAUGCAACAAAAGCAGGCUGAGAGGUCAGGACUUCAAGCCACAUCUGACCAGCUUGAUAGUGCACGCAGACAACUCGAGUCCGCACUGAAAUCAUGUUCGGAACACCAGCGACAAGCAUCGGACUUGAAAGAUAACUCCAGAGUCCAGACUGAUCAAUAUGGUAUUCUCUCAACGGGCAUAAGACAGGUUCUCAUGGCCCUGGAUCCGCUCAAUAUUGAUGUCGAGGUAAGAGACUGGGAUACUCUCCGCUUCACGGCUCUGUUUAGCAUGCGUGAGAUGCUGAGCGCUCUACAUAGCGAGGGUCGCUUAGAGGAGAGUAACGUUGUAUUCCUUGAGAGACUUAGGAGUAUCAUAAGUCCUGGGGACUCGGUUGGGAGAUUUGCACUUGAAUGGAACAGCUUUUGAUACUUAGAUUGACAACGAUAGUAUUUGUGUUCUUGUCUUCGGUGAGGAGUUUGUUGAUAUGUUCUAAGCGAGAUCGAUAAUAACCUCAACGGAGAAAAAGAACCCAUUUUCUUCAGCUCAUAUAGCCUCAAGAUUCAUACAAGAGUGCAAGCCACGUUAUUUGUCUCAUCUACUUCCUCUCUCCUUGAGCAUUACUUAUCAAAAUAUUCUGCAUUUGUUCUCC